GAAAAAACGGCACCCCCCAGCUCUGUAAACUCAUUGCUGAAUAGUGAAACUAGCCAGUCGAUACGACAGCCUAAAGCGCAACUCAAAAGACUCCCGGCCAACAGACAGAAGAGUUAUCAGGCCAACAGAUAAUCGCUGAAUCGGUCCUAAUGGAGCUUUCUGAAGAUGCUCCGGGGAAUAGAUGAUUGGGAACAGCAUUCGUUAGAGGGGGAUUCUCAGAAUCAAACUGCGUGCAGCCCUUUAAGUAGCCAGUCCCCAUUCCACUAUUGUCGACCGGACAGACCCAAAAGAAGGAUCAAGGGUGUUUCAUGUACUCUGAACGAUGACAUCGAUGCUAUUCUACCGUUCUGUUCGAACGGGUUUACCCUAACUCCCCCCAGGAACCAAGCUACAUAUUUCCGAACCAAACAUGGCACAACAUGUGCGCAAGUGCAUUGCGCCGAAUCCCCCCGGCCCGAAAAGUUACUGCCUCAAGAAACGGCCCUACAUGGACAAGACUCCAACGAGACAUGCCCUGCAGAAUCUGCAAGGCCUGGUGAAAAAAGUCUAAAGCCCCUGGUUUCCGCGAUUCGUCAGAACAGCCCGCGUCAAAAAAGCCGAGACUCCUCCCCGGCGUAUAACGGCACAGAAGACCAUACACACCGAGAAAACGCGGAUGAUUUCGGCGCGCCGACAUUCACAAUAAAACAACGAAACCGGAUGAUUUCAACGUUUUAAAUGACAUUCCAGAGGUAGACGACUGGAUAUUCUGUAACGCAGCCAAUCUUGCGUUUAAAAAACGCAAAUACAGGCGCUAAAAGCAGUUACCGAAAUGGACGUGCCAAUAAUUGAGACAGUUGAAAGCCUUUUGGCGAAAAUACCCCCGAUCUACAAGCUUUAAUUGAACGGAUGAACGAGGGUGGGGUAUCAGACAUAAUUCCGAUAGACGAAAAUCUAUUUUCCCAAAUUCCCGCCAACCUAAUUGAAAUAAUUAAACAUAUGAACGAGUCAGGAACAACCGAUGAAAAACAAUUAUCACAAAUUCCGCCUGCCCUAGUUAUUUUAAUAAACCAGAUGAACGAGAGCAUGAGAUCUUCUACACUGGAACCCGCACAUACCCCGCCAUUAACGGCCCUUGUCAGAAGUGUCUGAAACGCAAAACGAUGUUUUUGAGGAAUUGGAAAAUUGUCUAAUAAAUCAGGAGGGAGAUGGUCUUGAUAGAAGUGUCAGGGUUGUGUACAGAAAUAAAUUCAGCAAUACAGAGAUUAGACAGUUUUUCAAUUUCACAUGGUUUAAUCAAAAUCUCGAUUAUGCGUUUUUUUACGUGAUGAUUUUGGAUACUCUGAACGAACUGUUAGACAGGGCCAGAGAUUAUGGUGAACCUCGUGAUGUCUUACAGUUGGAAAUUUGUGGAGAUAGCAUGCAAAACACUGUAUCUCUUAUUUUACCCAAUGGUGAAGCAGAUCUUGAACAAUUUAUAGCCCUGCUGGAACAACUUGUUCAAUCAAAUGUAUCCGUCAUAGCCGAUAGGUCGCUAGAGCUUGUAGUGCAAAUAAUACAGCAACCCCUGGGUGGUGGGGGGCAGAGAAGGAAACUAGAUAGCCUAAUGCAAUCAGAAAUCAUAAACAAUAAAAGGGCAUGCCUCAUAAACGUUCAUAAUCCCGGUAAUAAGCUAUGCUUUGCAAUAGGCCUAGCACAUUUACUAAACCCUGGAUGUAUGGAUCUAGAGGCAUUACAAAAGGCUAGAGAGCUGGUCUGGGCAUGCAGGAUGCAGUGGCAUUCUCUGACAUAGUCAAAUUUGAAAACUUUCUGAACAUCAAGAUUGUGGUUUUGUACCACAGUAGAGCUAAUGCCGCUCUCUUCAAAUUCCAAAACAACCCCCAACCUCAUCCUCAGAUUCUGUACUUUUAUGUGCAAAACAACCAUUAAUAUGCUGUUACCAACAUCGGAGCGUUUUUAGGCGCACCGUAUGUGUGUCCAGCCUGUCAUAUCGGCUACACCCGAAAGGGGGGGCACUUGUGCCGUUAUAACUGUUCCGUAUGUCUGGAUGAAAAUUGUCCGAUGCAGCCCUUAUACCUGACACCCUGUGCCGAUUGUCACCGGACAUGUCACUCGACCUACUGUUACGAAAAACACAAAAUUGAAACAUGGCACCCCAAGGCCUGUAAAUCUGUAAGCAGUUGUGAUAUUAACAAGAAAUGUCCAACAUGUCAAUGCAAUUACAACCUCAAAAUAGACAGCCCUAAACCUCAUGUGUGUGGAAUCAUACAUUGCCCAAUCUGUAAAGGGCCUUUGAAAAGCAGACUCUGAAGUGGUUCAAGAAGUGCCACACGAGUGUUAUAUUCAACCCUUGGCUGAAGAUGAACAUUCAGAGAAAUACUUUUUUAUGAUUUUGAGACUAAUCAACAAUCAGGGGUUCAUUUACCUAUUUUUGUAUCUACCAUGACUUUCAAGGGGGAUAAGUGGUCAGCACAGGGACCCAAUUGUGCACUCCUCUUUCUAAAACACUUCAGAAAACCCCUGUACAGAAACUUCACGUUUAUAGCGCAUAAUUCUAGAGCAUAUGAUUCGUACCUUCUUUUGAACCCUCUGAUACAGCAAGGCGUUGCACCCAGUGUCAUAGGUCAAGGUAGUAAAAUCUUGUGUUUCGUAGACCCCGCUUUCAACCAGAGAUACAUUGAUAGUUUAAGCUUCUUACCUAUGUGAUUAGCUCAAAUGCCCGAGGCCUUGGGUUUUGAGAACUCUGUGAAAGGUUAGUUUCCCCAUUUUGUUACAUCUGAGGAGAAUCUACACUAUAUAGGAUCUUAUCCGAGACCCGAAAUGUACAGUUGUGAUCAAAUGUCUCCCAAAGAGCGAGAGAGAUUCAUGACAUGGUACGAGACAGUAUGUCACAGCACUUUUGAUUUCCACAAAGAGAUGGAGUCAUACUGUGACAACAACGUGGUUAUCCUGCGCGAGGGGUGCCUCAGAUUCAGAGCAGAGGUCAUCAAAGAUGCAGGCAUUGACCCUACAACUAUUGCAUCGGCAUGCAUGAAAACCUAUCGUACACACUUUCUACCUACAGCAUCUAUAGCUAUCCCCUCGCCUGACAACUACCGAUGCCAAUUCAAGUCAUACUCUAGUGGCUCCAUUCAGUGGUCGGAGUACUUGGCCCAGGAUAAAGACAUUUUUAUUCAACAUGCUUUGAAUAGGGGUGAGAAGGCGUUUGGGGCUUAUCAUGUAGAUGGAUACACACAGAUUGACGGUGUUGAGACCGUGUUUGAGUACAACGGUUGUUUCUUCCACGGUUGUAAAUCUUGCUUUGAGCCACAGGCCUUGUGUGUCCUAACCCAAAAAACUUUUGGUGAAAUGUACCUAGAGUUUCAAGACAAAUUGGAAUCUUUACAGGCUACUUAUGGUUUGAAAGUGAAUAUUAUGUGGGAGCAUGAGUGGACCGCGCUCAAAAAGUCUGAUCUUCAUGUUCGAGCUUUCCUUUCCAGCUUUGACACACCCGAAGCCUUGGAGCCACGACAGGCCUUGUAUGGAGGCCGUACCAAUGCUUUGACCUUGCGGUAUGUAGCGCAACCAGACGAGACAAUAGGAUAUGUAGAUUUUACAUCUCUUUAUCCUCAUGUAAUGAGUUCCUCAUGCAAUCCUAUGGGGCAUCCUGAAAAUAUUCACCGCGACUUUGACUUACCACAAAACUAUUUUGGUCUGAUCAAAGCAACUGUCUACCCACCUAGGGGUUUGUUUAUACCAGUGUUGCCUACAAGGGACCUCAAGGAAAACUUUUCUUUCCCCUAUGUCGCACCUGCAGUGAAAACAACAACCAGGAAAAGCCUUGUGAUCACUCAGAUCAGGAAAGAGCCCUUACAGGUGUCUGGGUCACACCUGAAUUCUCUAAGGCUCUAGAUAAGGGGUACCGUGUGGCCAAAAUCUUUGAAGUGUGGAACUUUUCCAGGAAAUCAGACACUCUUUUUAAAGAGGACAUCAAGACCUUCUUGAGAUGCAAGCAAAUGGCUUCAGGCUAUCCUGCAUCGGUCACAGAUCAAGAGAGCAAAGACAAGUACAUUCGAGACUAUCAUGACAGAGAAGGCAUAGUUCUUGACCUCGACCGAAUAGAGGUCAACAAGAUGAAACGAAAUGUGUCGAAAUUGUACUUAAACUCGCUUUGGGGGAAGCUUUCGCAGAGAUGCAAUAUGCUAACAACGUUGAUCAUUAAAGACCCCAAAGAAUUUUUGGAAUUUCAUUCUUGAGUCAAGACAUUGCCCUGGUGCAAUGGAGACGUAACAAGAAGUGGGUUCUACCCCCGGGUAAUGUAAAUGUGUUUCUUGCAGUAUUUACCACGGCCUAUGGCCGACUUGAACUGUACACCCUCAUGGAGCAGCUUCAGAGGAGGGUUCUUUACCAUGACACAGACUCUGUGGUCUAUGUAAGCAAACCGGGUGACAGGAGCCCCCCACUUAGCAACUAUCUGGGUGGUUUAACGAGUGAACUCAAAGAUGGUGACCAUAUCACAGAAUGGUCCUCCUGUGGGCCCAAAAGCUAUGCUUUUAGGACUAGACAAUCACGUGGUGUUGAAAGCCAAAGGCGUGACUCAAAACUACGAAAAUGCCCCGCGUGUAAACUUGGAAUCAAUCACACGCUUGGUCGAGGGGUUCAUAAACGAUCGGAAUAGUGACUUGGAGAUUUUGAGCUCCUA